CUUAUGCCCUCCAACAUGUGAACUUCAAACCGCGUGCUGCCUCUUUCUGGUUUUGUAUUUUAAAAGCACCGCCCACCUCCCAGCUCUUUUGUUGUUCUCCUCUGAUAAUUGGAGUUCAGUUUGAGUUGAACCAGCUCAGCCGUCAAGAGGAGUACAACGGUGUUUGAAGCCCUUCUACUUGGUUUGGUGUGGUCAAAUCUUCAUUCAGCCAAGCCCUACUCCCCAGCUAUCUUCUCAUUCUGAGCUUUGAAGUUAUCAGUCAUUCUUAUUUCAUCUUCCGCAAUGUCGAAAGAAGCCAUCUUGCCGGCUUAUGCGCCAGUCCCAAAGAUGACUACCUCCCGUAUCUCAACUUGUCGCUCUAUUAUGGUCUCUUUGAUGACUUGUAUCUUGAUCUUAUCCUUCUUCAACUACGAAACUAUCUUCUCAGCAAUCAAUAAGGGCACAGUGGUCUGCAAAAGCCACGUUCAUUCGCAGGAAAUUUCACAGCCAACAAAUACCUCCCUUGAAGUUACCAGCCAAACUUGGGUAAUCUUGCCCCCCGAGAUCAAGUCACGUUCUACUCUUGGCAAGCAAAACUCGUUCUCUCUUCGACGCCGCAACGGUGCUGUUUCUGAAGCAGAUGUUGCUCUAUCUGCUGAUGGCCGGUCCGGAUACAACCGCCGAGAGGAAGAAGACGGAAGGUCGGGCUACAACCGACGAGAGGAAGGCGGUCGCUCCGGGUACAACAGUGUUGAGGAUAGGCGCUCGGGAUACAACAGUGUGACUGACGGCAGGUCCGGAUAUAAUCGCCGUGAGGAAGAAGAUGGGAGGUCUGGCUAUAAUGGGGUUGAAGAUGGGCGCUCCGGGUACAAUCAUGUCAUCUAAUUUCAGGGAAAUGCGACGACUGGUUACUGUGUGGCUAAUAUACAAAGAGCCAGAUGCAAUGGGCUCGCGCUCUGAGGUUGGAUGUUUUGAUAUAGAGUUUAGACCGCGGUAACACUAUCUUGUCUAGAUAUUCUAUCACGCUUUUGUGUUUACUUAUUUCCAGCGUAUAUUACAAUCC